CUUUUAUCCAUUUCUUUCUGCAGCCAAACACCCGGGGACCCAACGUCUUUCAUAUUCACUCACUUCUUUCCACUCCCUUCCGACUUUGUUUUGUACUAACCUGCAGCAGCGGCCACUCUUGCCAUUCCUUCUCAGUCACUCUUUCAGCGAUAUCCCUUGUUUCGUUUCUGCCACUCGUUCAGCGCGCCCUUGAACGUCACUUUUCGCGAAAACCCCUACCACCUACAUUCCUGGCAGCACCUACCACGCGUCAAACCAUUCCAGAUCACCGACGAACGAACCCGAUUCAAACCCUUGACAAAACACACAAAAGCCAAGACCCACACCAUGAAGACCUCCCUGCUCCUUCCGUUUGUUGCUCUCGCCGUCCGCGUCCUGGCAGAUAUCCCCCCAGCAUGCCUCCUCAGCGCAGUCAACACACAAGACCAACCGGGCGACCUCUCGUCCAUUUGCGGUGACGAGGCGACCGACGUGCAAAAGGCCAUUGCCAGCCUAUGCAGUGGCAAUGCCGUGUCGGCGGCACAGUCUGCCUUCAUUUCGACUUGCUCAGCUGCGGGUUCCUCAGUCGCUCCCUACACAGCAUCGUCCUCAAAUAGCCACACAUCCACGGCCGGCACGUUCGUCUACACUACCGCCGUCUACAAUUCCGACUGCAGCUGCACCACGACGAUCGUCACCUCCGCUACCAGCGGCGCCGCUAUCUCGACUGGUCUAGCAACCGCCACGGCUACAGGUGGCAAUGGUGCUUCCGGGUCUAAUUCAGCAGGCGGCGCAGCAGCGACCGGCAAUGCCGCUGCAGACGCCAAGCAGGUGGGAAGUUUUGCCGCCGCCGUUAUCGCCAUUGCUGGUGUUGUUGCGGUUUUGUGAACAGGGCCGGAGCCUUUUGCGGCGAACCCCGUUCUCACGGCCAAAAAAGCAGAAGAUGGCCUGGGGUUAUUUCGUGUCAUUGGUGCUGCGUCUGUGCCAACACUUUGGGAGACAUGAUGACGAAAUUCUUGCCCAUCAUGUUGCAAAAGCUACCAGCUGCGUGUCAGAAUACUAGGGAAUGAGACGGAAAAACUGCUCAGUCGUUUUCGAAAUUGAGAUUCGUGUUUUCCGCCGGCAUCUGGGCCCAGUCUUCUAGGCAAUCUGCAUGGCGGAGGACAGAAGAAAGGACCAGGUUCAAUACGAGCAUCAUAUGUAGAUGCCGUGCCUAGAUAAUCGGAUGGACAGAAGAUCAGAAGACAUUUGGCAUGCUGGCCAGAGCCUUUUGUUGACAAAGCCGCUUUUUCCGACUCCCUUUUGUUCUCUCCGUCAUAUUCUAUCAAAAGACUCGACGACUUCGGA